AAGAGCGUGUGUGGGGAACAUGAAUAUGAGAUGUAUCGGAAAGUUUCAAAUUCCCUUUAAAAUCACAAAAAUUAACAUUCAUCUGCAGACGAAACACUUUCACGUAUAAUUACACCUUUGCACUGUGUUGUGUAACGUAAUUUUAAAAAUUAUGUAAUUGCUGUUUCCGAAUUUAAACGUACGUAAUGAGUUUCCGCCCGAAAUUUCUGAAACCAGCUGAUGCUAUUUCUGAGGUAUUUGAAGAAAGAAAAGACAUAAAUGAACUUGAACAACCAGUUGUGUAUAAUCCGGAUUCUCUUCUGUCAUUUGAACAACAAAGACAGAAACUUCCAAUUUUUAAGUAUAGAAAUCAUAUUCUAUACCUCUUGGAAAAGUAUCAGACUGUCAUUGUGCUAGGUGAAACAGGUUCCGGAAAGAGCACUCAAAUUCCUCAAUAUCUCUUAGAAGCUGGCUGGGCUGAAAAUAAUUCAGUUAUUGGAAUUACUCAACCUAGACGUGUUGCUGCUACUAUGUUAGCAUCCAGAGUUGCAGAUGAGAAGGGAGCUCUUCUUGGUCAUUUAGUCGGAUACAGCAUACGAUUUGAAGAUUGUUUUGAUCCCAAGCAAACAAAAAUUAAGGUUCAUAUCAAGUAGAAUGUGAAAUAUAUUUUUAAAAAUACUUUCUUAUGGUCUCUGUUUUGGAUAUUUCUAAUUUAAUAAUUGCAAUGAAGGCGGGCUUGUAAAAGGCUUUUUAUUUUUGUAGCAAAAGGAAAUAAAUAGUAAUAAAUCCCACUAAA